AUGCCUAACGAAAAUAUCGAGGUUCGGACGCUCAAUUCUGAUGCGGAGUUGCCGCAGUUUGCGUUGCAUGCGGCGGUGAAUAGCGAAGGUGUAGCGAAGGAGGAGGGUACGGGCCCUGGGCAGGGAGCCCUGCCCAGGCACUUGCCCAGAGUGAAGAUUCUUGGUACUGGGGGCACGAUUGCGUCGAAGGGGAGCAAGUCGAGUGAUACAGCCGGGUACCGUGUGGAUUUGACGAUCGAUGAGUUGCUCGAGGCGAUCCCGGACAUUAAGGAUGUGUGCGAGAUUGAGUACGAGCAGUUGUGCAAUUUGGACUCGAAAGAGAUCGGGGUUGACGAGCUGUGGAAGAUCUAUCGCGGGGUGUGCGAGUCGUUGCAGCGGUUUGACGGGAUUGUGAUUACGCACGGGACGGACACGUUGGCGGAGACGACGUUUUUCAUCGAGAGCACGAUCGAUGCGGGCCAGGUUCCGAUCGUGUUUGUUGGGUCGAUGCGGCCGUCGACGAGUAUCAGUGCUGACGGGCCGAUGAAUUUGUACCAGGCGAUCUGUAUUGCGGCGAACAAGGAGUCGCGUGGACGCGGGGUUUUGAUUUCGCUCAACGACCAGAUCAGCGCUGGGUACUACAUUACCAAGACGAAUGCGAACACGCUCGACUCGUUCAACGUGAGACAGGGGUACUUGGGGAACUUUGUGAACAACGAGAUCCACUACUACUACCCGCCGGUGAAGCCAUUGGGGUGCCACAAGUUCAAGCUGGACGUUGGUGAGGAGUUGCGGUUGCCCUCGGUGUGCAUUUUGUAUGCGCACCAGUCGUUUUCGCCGGAGUUGGUUGAGCUGGUCGCACAGCAGUACGAGGGGAUUGUGAUUGCGACGAUGGGGGCUGGGUCGCUUUCCAGCGAGGUGAACGAGACGUGCAAGAAGUUGCGGUUGCCGAUCGUGUACUCGAAACGGUCGAUGGACGGAAUGGUGCCUGUGGCCAAUUUGCCGAUCGAGCCUUCGAACCCGGCCUCGACCAUCAUUGCUUCCGGGUACUUGAACCCUGAGAAGAGCAGGAUCCUCUUGCAGUUGUGUUUGAAGCAGAAGUACUCCAUCCCGAAGAUCAGGACCGUGUUCCAGGGCGUCUACGGCGGGUGA